UCUACUCAGUCUGUAUGUGCCAGAGACCCCAUCAUGUCUGUCCCGCUGGCUGUCAUUCUGCUCUGGCUGCUGAUGGCAAACAUUGGAGCUGCAGCCAGACCGGUGCUUUCCUUCUCCCCAAACUGGGCCCCGAUACUCACUGGUGAUUCUGUAACUUUGACCUGUAACGGGGCCCGUCCUGCACAAGGGAAUGAGAGAUAUACCUGGUACAAAAGCAAUACCUCAGUACCUGGAGUGGAACAGCAGAACUAUACUAUCCAGAGGGCCCAGACAGAACACAGUGGGAGGUACCAGUGCCAGAACGGUACCAGUGAGAGAAGUGCUGCCCUCCAGCUGACAGUUAGAGAUGAUAAAGUCAUCCUACAGGCGCCCCCUGGUGCCCAUGAGGGGGAGGAGCUGACUCUCAGAUGUUACACUCGCCCUGAAUAUAAUGUAACAAACACAACAGUUUUUUACAAGAACAAAUUAAUCAUUCGGCCCCUGGGCUCAGACUCCCUUGUGCUUGGGGGGGCACAGACUAACAUGUCGGGGUCAUACAGCUGCCAAACAAAGUUAUAUAUUAAGUCUGUAGGUAUCACUAAUAAAUACUCAUCUCCUGAGGAACAUCUUUCAGUCACAGAGCUGUUCAGUCCCCCACAAAUAAAAGUGAGGCCAGAUCAGGUGACAGAAGGAGAUCACAUGAACAUAACAUGUGACACAGAGCUCAGCCCACACAGAGAGACUACAGAGCUGCAGUUUGCUUUCUACAGAAAUGGGCACAAUGUGCAGGGAUUCAGUUUAUCCAACCAAUAUGGAGUCCCCUCAGCUCAGCUGGAGGAUUCUGGGAAUUAUACCUGUGAGGUACAAACUCCAACCGGCAGUGUGAGGAAGAGGAGCAACAUGGCGCAUAUCCACAUACAGGAGCUGUCCAGUUCCCCACAAAUAAAAGUGAGCCCAGAUCAGGUGACAGAAGGAGAUCACAUGACCAUAACAUGUGACACAGAGCUCAGCCCACACAGAGAGACUACAGAGCUGCAGUUUGCUUUCUACAGAAAUGGGCACAAUGUGCAGGGAUUCAGUUUAUCCAACCAAUAUGGAGUCCCCUCAGCUCAGCUGGAGGAUUCUGGGAAUUAUACCUGUGAGGUACAAACUCCAAAUGGCAGUGUGAGGAAGAAGAGCAGUGAGGCACAUAUCCACAUACAGGAGCUGUUCAGUCUCCCACGAAUAAAAGUGAGGCCAGAUCAGGUGACAGAAGGAGAUCACAUGACCAUAACAUGUGACACAAAGCUCCACCCACACAGAAAUACUACAGAGCUGCAGUUUGCUUUCUACAGAAAUGAGACUAAAGUACAAGAAUUCAGUUCAUCUUAUGAAUACAGAGUCCUCUCAUUUGCGCUGAAUUAUUCUGGGAAUUAUACCUGUGAGGUACAAACAUCAAAUGGCAGUGUGAGGAAGAGGAGCAGUGUGUUGGAUAUCCCUCUAAAGCGGAACACAUCAGUUAAUAAUUUAGAUACCUCUAAGUUCAUGCUCCUUAUAGGUGGUGCAGUAGCACUGGUUGGGCUGAUAUCACUUCUCAUUGUUGCUCUCUGUAUCCUCAAGUCCAAAAACAAACUGCAUCGGACACCGAGCAGUCAACCUACAACUCGCUCAGGAAGAGGUAAGCAGUCAUCCAAAUCCAAUAGGUCUAGAUCCUCAAAGAAUGGAGAAACCAACUUGGAAGAGGAGGUGUGUUAUAUCUCCAUUAAUCAUAAGCGUAAAGGUCAUUCAGCUGCUCAGAAUAACGAUGAUGGAAAUAAUGUUAUUUAUGCUGCAGUGAGGGGAAAUGAUACAGGGAAUGCACAGGCUGGGUAUAAACAGAGAGAAAACUCAGUUGUCUAUGCUGCUCUGAAAACUCCAAAAGCAAACAAAAUAAAGCAAGAAGGGAGAAAGAUUCCCCAGGUACGGGAUGAGGAUUGUGUUUAUGCCUCGGUGAAGAAGAGAUGAACUCAGGCACCGUCUCCAAAGCAAGAGCCCUCUGGCUUCUUCAUUUUCUCUGUCAUUCCAGGAGCCUCACAGCUUAUUCUUUGUUUUUCAUUUUGUAUUAGUUUUAGUCUUAGUUAUUGGUUGUGACACUGUAAUCAAUCUAGAAAGUAUUUUCUUUUUACUCUAUAAUAAUUAGGAAUAUUAUGUAAUAUAAGCUAGUUUUAGCAUUUUCAUGUACUUUACUUUUGAAAUCUUACAAUAUUUUCAGCCAUAGCUUGGGGGGCACAACCAUACAACCAUGUUUUAAUUGCAAGAAUAAUAUCUCAUCCUUUAAAAUAUCUCUGUAAGAACUGGCUUGUAUACUGAUAUACAUUAUUGGAUGAUUCAUUUUUGUAUUUCAUUAACAUUAAAUUCAAAUGGAUUUUGUACCCACCAACUUCCCAGUGCUUGCACCUACUGCUUAAUAAAUGAGCCCUAUAAAAGUU